AUGACUCACGAGAUCAACACUGAAGUUCCUUCAAAUCUAAAUCGUCCCCCUAAACGUGAACGUCGGGAUAGCAAUAGUGAUAAGAUGAUGAGUACUAUCCCCAACAUCAACACGAAUACAAAUGAUAAUACGAACACAAAAAGAGAACGCCCAAAGCGAUUUGGAAUAAGACCUCAUUAUUUUCUACCGAGUGAUAUUGUUUGGAUACGACCGGCUGGAUUGCCGUAUUGGCCAGCAGAAAUUAUAAAAGCAGAAGGGACAAGCAACAGCAUCACGGCACGUCUCUUUGACCCACCAGCGUCUCUCAUCUCAUCUGGGGAAACACCACCGCGAGAUCAUAUUACUUCUAAUGCUAGUCGAGUGUACUUUUUUGAUCGUUUAAAAACACCGGAAGAUGUAGAGGAAUGUAUUGAACAACGUUUACAACGAAAAUCACAUGAUGUUUCUGCGUAUGAGGCGGCCUUUCAGCGUGCAGUUCUGCAUGCCAAUCGAUUAGUUCGUACAGUGUUAAGUCCAGAGAGACUUCAGCCGUACAGUAUUUGUGGUGUGGGUGUGGUUCAUAGUCUUAUGCGAGCACACAUUGCGGCACCGCGACAACCCAAUACGGAGAACUUUACACCGCAGACGGCUGUAAUAAAAUUACGCGUGGGUCUUGAAAAUGCUGUACGAGAUUUAAAUGGUUUUGAGUUUAUUUGGGUGCUCUUUUCUUUUUCAUAUGCCACUCAUACUGGAGAGGAAACCGAUACCAUAGAAGAAGCACCUAUAAUGGGAGAGAAACAACAUCGACGGCAACGACAAGGGGCGGAACGAUCUUCUGGAUUCAAAACAAUGCUUAUACCCCCACGGGAUAGUGAACUGCGUGGUGUAUUUGCAACUCGAAGUCCACAUCGACCAAACUUCAUUGGUCUCUCAUGUGUACGACUUGUUGCGGUUCGGGGAUUAGAAGUUCACAUUGCGGAUCACGACUUACUGCACGGCACACCCGUUCUGGAUAUUAAACCGUAUCUUCCCUUCUGUGAUGCCCAUCCAGAGGCGAAGGCGGGAUGGGUAACGAUAUUGGAUGAAUCUGGACAGGGAGGUGCAGAUCACAAGAGUAGUAUACAGAGACUUCAGGUGGAUCGUGUGUUUGAAGAGAAGGAAGAAGAAGAAAAAGAGACGAAGAAGAUGGAGUGA